AUGCAAAACGAACAGCUUAACGAAUUUACACCAGCUGAACAUAUCCAUCAAAUUCGUUCAUAUUUUGAUGUAAUCGAUAAUGCAAUUAAUAUUGGUGAUACUAAUAGAAGAUAUAUCGAUUCAAAAAUUCCAUCACAACCGGGAAGCGCAAAGGAUCAUAACUGGGUCACAUUCAAUUUAUCUCCGCCAGGUGAAAAUAUGCUAGACCUUUAUAACACAUUCCUUACAACUACCUAUAAAAGUAAAUAUAUCGUGGAUAAUGCUAUUACUGGCUCAUCAAUUCCAAAUACUAAUUCUCCAGGUUUCUUUGGCGUUUUUGAUGAAUCAAUUUACACUAUUGAAGCAUAUCAGUUAUUAGCAAAUGGAAGACUUAUUUAUAGUCAGGAUAAUGCAAGAGAAGAAGCAUAUAUCAUAUCUAAUUCACAGACUACAGAACAAAUAAAGAAAGUUGAUGAUUUCUCAAAAACGAGACAUAAAGAUGUAUGGAAACGUUCUGGAACAGUUCGAACAGGUCAAAUUAUAUCCGGACCUUUAGCUGCAGGAGCUGAAAUUGAUUUUAACAUUAAAACAAAGAUUCCAUGUCGUAAAUUCCUUAUUCUAGAAGUUAUUAGAUUUAUUCCUGCUUUUGCAGGCAACAUUCAGUUAAAGGUUAAAUUUAGUAGCGAUGCAUUCCAGGUAACAGCACUGCCGGUAGAAGAUAUUUUAGCUCAUAAUCCUUCUUUAAUCAGUCAGGUAAAAGAUAAUUAUGACCCACCAACUAAUAAAUUUGUUCCAUGGAAUGAACCAUUCAAUAUGAUAACAGCAGUUUCAAAAUCAAAUGGUGAAAUUACUGUUUCAACAGUUGAACAAAGAUUAACGAAGAAAUCAGCUGAAUUCAUUGAUUGCUUCAUUCAUCCUAAAGCAUUUUCACUCGAUCCAAAUAUUUACACUGAAUUAGUCGAUCAUUAUACAUC